AUGGAGUUUUAUAAAAAUGAAAUAACUGAGUUGCUUCAAAAGGUCUUCAGAUUGCAUAAGUUCCUCCAGAUUGUUAAAUCCAAUGGUCUAGUUGUUUCAGCUAAGAAAAUCAAGUUGUUUCAAACUAAUGUCAGAUUUCUUGGUUUUAAUAUCUGCCAGUCACAGAUUUCACCAAUUGAUCGAGUCAUUCAGUUUGCUGAUAAGUUUACUGAUCAAAUUCUUGACAAGAGUCAGCUUCAGAGGUUGCAGAGUAAUCCUCCUCCUUGGUCGUCUGCUCACACUGAAAUUGUCAAACAAAUCAAGGUUCAUGUCAAGACACUUCCCUGUCUUGGUAUUCCUUCAAUCGAUUCUUUUAAAAUAGUUGAAACAGAUGCCUCUGACAUCGGUUAUGGUGGCAUUCUCAAACAAAGAGUCAGUCCAUAUCAACCAAAACAAAUCAUUCGUUUCCAUUAUGGCAUUUAG